UAUAUUGGCCUGAAUUCCAAUUUUCCGAUAUUGUUACAGAACUGCAAGACGCUCUGGAAGCCAAGAUUAACGAAGCGAAAGCGUCUACCGACCAGCAUGCGACACAAGUUGGUCAGCUUCAGUCUGAGCUACAACGGCAGAAACGGCUCAGUGAACUGCACAACGAAAAGGAGAACGAAGCUGUAAAUAGAACCGAGCAGUUGACCAAUCAAAACCGUGCAUUGCGCUCCCAACUGGCCACGGCCGAAACACGCGCCGAAGAGUGUGCGCAGCAAUUGACCAAUGAGAAGAAAGCAACCGAUGAGAGGGUGAAGGGACUUGUGCAGGAAGUGCAGGACCUGAAAGCGGAACUGAAGGUGAGUUCGGAGAUGAUGUCGGAAAUGAUGUUCAUGUUUGUG